UUCCAAAAACCACUCUCCUCACCCUACCACCUCCCUCUCCUCCAUCAUCCACACCUCUUCUGACUCCUUCCAUACCUCUCUGUACUCCCUUUCUCAUCUGUAGUUCCUCAGAUCCCCCUCCCAUCAACCCCAAAAACCCUAUCUCAACCCCUCUGCCUCCAAAAGUCAAUCCCAAGAACCCCUCUCUUAACCUCCAGCCCAACAGUAUAAAAUCCGAGAGCCAAGGAGUUCCAAAACCACUCAACAUAUUAUUCAAAAAACUAGUCAGAGCAAGUACACGAUCAAGUAUUCAAAAUUUGAAGAGCAAGGCAUCAAAAAGUAAGAAAUAGAAGGGGAAUAUACAAGGAGGAAAAUACUUGGCAAACAGAAAAUGAAGACUGUCAAAGAAAUUAUGUUUGAGAAAGAUCUUGCUGCAAUUUAUCUUGAGAACAAAGGAAUGACAUUCAGUAGUGAAGAUUCUGAAACUUCACAUAAAAGCUCAGAUACUUCAAAUGAAAGUAAAGAAAGAAAACGAUACAGGUACAAACCGAAAAGAGAGAAGACAGCUUGGAACAAGAUUACUAACUUUAUCCUAAAUGAAGAUCCUAAUAUCUUUCGAAGAAUCCUAAGAGGCAUGAAUACUCAAUUCUAUGAAGACUUUGAAGAUACUGCUCUAAGAGCAUACAAAUUAGAUGACCUUAAGCCUGAAGACUUCAAUGCAUUGAAAAAGAUUGGGAUUCGAAGAAUGAACCAGACUUCUCUAAAAACAGCCCUAAUGAAUGAUUCUGGAAGCGAAGAUGAGCAUAUAGACCCAUUCAAACAAGUCAGAGAUAAGGAAGAAACUGUCAAAGAGUUAGUCAGGACUAGGACUUUGUUGAAAGACAAGGACAUUGUAGUUGUAGAAAAGCCACAAAUAUACACAGACUUGAUCAAUGCGUAUCGUAAGUGUAAAGAGACAGGCUAUCAGCCUAAGAGAAGUUUCCAGCAAAAGAUAGCAGAGGUUCAUAAAGCUAAUAUUGAUUUUAAAGCUGAGGCAGCUAUUAAUAAAUAAAUUUAUUCAGAGGAAUUCUAUUAUGAUGAACCCUCCCAAAUUUCAUGCUCAAAAAUUUUCAGCCAUACGGAAAUAGAACUCAGAGGGGAAAGGAAUUGUUUGCCAAAAGGCAUGCUACACUUCAUGAAGUCAACGAAGAGAGGAAGUUUAGUCUCAAGAAGGUCGCCAACAUUACUCGGGCCUCGAUUAAGUCUUUGUUAGCAAAGAAGGUCUUAUUUGAGGAAUCCCAAAAGCCAAAAAUCCGAUACAGCAUCAACAAGUUCUCUGAUAGAGGAGGUUAUUACAAAGAUUUGGGCAAAACAAACACUUCUUGGCUGCAGGGAUCAAAUCUUUCACAGAAGAGUAAAGAUAAUUCAAAGAAUAGACUCUUUGAAAAGAUGGCUGAAGGGAUCCCGUUUAGAAAUAAGAAGAAUUAUUCGAUAUCUGGUAAGCCGAAGCUCUCUGCUUCCUUAAGAAGAUCUUUGCUUAAAAAGGGCCAGUUAAGAGACAGAAACCGCUCUUUAGUAGCACAGUUUAACAGCAGAGGGGGAUCUAUGGACAAUCGAAACCGGAGAGUGUCCAUUGAAGUAGAAUGUAUGAGUCCAUAA